GUAAGGUCUGAAAGGUUGCUAUUCGACACUUUCACAUACAAAGCACAGUGCAGCUGCCUUCGCUUCACAAGUAAGAUGCUCUUGUGGUAUGUCUGUAGCUUGUGUUGCUUGUAUGCUGCUGCAUCUUUUCCCCGCUGGAUUCAUCCAGUCUGAGCAGAAGCCAACUGCAACACCCCCAUUGCAGGCACACAAAAGAAAAGUGUAAUUGACUGAUGUUUUUUGCUCUGCUUUUUGGAGGGUGGAAAUCGGACUGUUGAGGCUUCGGUUUAACACUUUUGGCCAGAUUAGGCGGAGACUCGGAGUUCUGGCUAGAUGUAUAUGGGUUAGCUUGUAGAGAAUUACCAGAGAAAGGGAACGAGCCCUGACGGAUUGAUAAACCCUCUGUCCACUUAUGUUUCCCACGGGAUCCAGCCUAUUCGCCGCAGAACGCCCUUUCACCUUGGAAGGAGAGUGCAGCCUACCAUCCCAUGCCUUCCCCAACCCAAGGCCCCUAUGAGAGAGGCCUUUAAAGAGGAGGGGAUUUGAUCAAACAAUCCAGCUCUCUAAGUCAGGAUGGAGAGUGGACCAGGACAGGGAGCGGGGUCGGGCUCCAGCCAGGCUGUGGAGGCUGAGCCCCCCACCCAGCGGACGACUUCUCCAAUCGGGAGAGGAAGGAAUGCAGGGCUGGCCUCCUGCAAGCACAACGGUCUGAUCAACACCCGCAGCUUGAUGGUAGAGACUAAGGAAGGGCUGGUGUCGGUGUACUCGGCCCCCCAGUACCAGGGUCACAUGGUGGUCAACCUGUCCCCUCAGCAGGAGCAGAAUGGUCAGGGGGUGGGCGGAGGAGGGGGACCCCCACAGCUGCUCAACCCCAGCGCUCUGCCCCAGGGCAUGGACCCCCGCUUCAGGCCCAACCUGAUCCUGUACUCUGAAAACAUGCUGCGGGCCUGGGGGGAUGGAGGAGUCGGGGAUUGCUGUGAGACCACCUUCAUAGAGGACUUGGCAUCCGGCUCCUCUGCUGCCUCCAAGGAUGGGCUGAUGCUUGCCGAUGGAAAGUUCCUGGAACUGUCUGUGGAGGAUGCAAAGAUCCAGACCCUGUCUUAUGACAUUGACGAUGAUGAUGAGUUCCAAGAGCUGGAGAGCGAGUACUCGAGCGACUCGGAGAGUGAGGACAACUUCCUCAUGAUGCCACCGAGAGACCACUUGGGCCUGAGCGUCUUCUCCAUGGUGUGCUGCUUCUGGCCCCUGGGGAUCGCUGCCUUCUACCUGUCCCACGAGACGAACAAGGCCGUGUCUAAGGGGGACUUCCACUUGGCCAGCUCCAGCUCCAGACGUGCCCUCUUCCUGGCUGUGCUGUCAAUCACCAUCGGGACAGGCAUUUAUGUGGGCCUGGCUGUAGCGCUCAUCGCAUACCUCUCCAAGAACCACCACUUGUAGCCUUGCCCUGGCCCCACCCCCUGCACUACAGGACUGAUUGCGCUGGGGAAGUGGUUCACUUGGGGGCAAUUUAACAAUGGAGUUUAGGCCUGCAAACUAUGGGACUAUCAGGAUGGACAGGACCUGGCCAUAUGGUUGACUCAAUUCAUGGGAUGUAACAUAAGAGGGUUAUGAUAUGGAAAAUAGUCUUGUAAUGGUCAAGUCAUUCUCUCAUUUUGACAAAGAAAAACUGGAAACUCUUAGUCAUUCUAUACACAACUGAAUAUUUUGUUCUUCAGAUGUCUAAAAUACGUGUGUGAGUUUUACCAAGGCAAGACACAUCCUUUGAGAGGUCAGACCAACAUGCACUAAAUAUUACCUGUACCAAGGGCAUACUGUUCGUUUACAGGGCAUGCUCUCUGCUCGGUUAACAGUGAGUUGUGCAGUGGGCUGCUUUAUGUCCAGCUACAUUUACCACACUAUCAGUCACAUUUGGCAGCUCCUGUCGAGUAUAAAGAGGGUGGAUAAAAGUGCUUUUAAAGCUGUCACUCAUCCAUACAUUCAACCUGUAUACAUGUAUUCUACAUCACAUUGAAUUGAUCUGUGGAAGUCGCAUAGUAGACACUACAGCUCACUUAUAAAGUAAGGUGAUGGUCUAUAUACAUUAAAGUAAAACUGCACUCUAA